UGUCCCGGACCCUGGGGCAGUGGUGUCCCGUGUGCCCUGUGGUGACAGCUCAGGAGGGUCUGUGCACUCAGCAGGGGCCAGCAUGGACCAGUCUGUGGCGAUCCAGGAGACGCUGGCUGAGGGGGAAUACUGCGUCAUCGCGGUGCAAGGUGUGCUGUGUGAGGGGGACAGCCGGCAGAGCCGCCUCCUGGGACUCGUGCGCCACCGCCUGGAGCACGGUGGCCAGGAACACGCUCUCUUCCUCUAUACGCACCGGAGGAUGGCCAUUACCGGGGAUGAUGUCUCUCUGGACCAGAUAGUGCCAGUCUCGCGGGAUUUUACGCUGGAAGAAGUGUCCCCAGAUGGUGAAAUCUACAUCCUUGGCUCAGAUGUGACUGUCCAGCUCGACACAGCGGAGCUUAGCCUCAUAUUCCAGCUACCCUUUGGUUCACAAACCAGGAUGUUCCUCCACGAAGUUGCCAGGGCCUGUCCAGGCUUCGAUUCUGCGACCCGGGAUCCUGAAUUCCUGUGGCUGUCUCGGUACAGGUGCGCAGAGCCGGAACCGGAGCUGCCGACGCCGCUCGAUUGUAACUCGGCCCCAGGUACCUGGCCAGGGUGCGCGACAAUUGGCGGAGGCAGGUAUCCGUCUCGAAAGGAGCGGUGGGGAUUGGAGGAGGCCUGGCUUGAGGAGGCGGGCUCUAUUUUGUUUUGGGGCGGAGCGAUGAAGAAGACAGGCUUUCGAUUGGUGGAGGGGCACACGGGGGCGGGUUCGUCUUGGGGGUGGAGUGCGCGGGGCGGGCGGCGGGAUGAAGAGCUUGAGGAGGCAGAUAGGGAAAUGUCUGCCGCCGUCGGCUCUCGGGAGCGCAACUCUGCAGGUGGUUCUAACUUUGAUGGUUUGAGGCCAAAUGGGAAGGGACUGCCUAUGGACCAAAACUCCAGUGAUCAAGAUAAACCAGAAAGCUUGCCACCAAGACAGAAUAAAUCCAAGUCCCAAAUUACUGACAUGGUUCGGUCCUCCACUAUCACAGUCUCAGACAAGGCUCAUAUUUUAUCCAUGCAGAAGUUUGGACUGCGAGAUACAAUUGUGAAAUCACAUCUACUACAGAAAGAAGAAGAUUAUACCUACGUCCAGAACUUCAGGUUUUUUGUGGGAACAUACAAUGUAAAUGGACAGUCCCCCAAAGAAUGCCUCCGGCCCUGGCUGAGCGAAGGUAUCGAGGCCCCAGAUGUCUAUUGUGUAGGGUUCCAGGAGCUUGAUCUGAGUAAGGAAGCUUUUUUCUUUCAUGAUACCCCAAAGGAGGAAGAGUGGUUUAAAGCUGUGUCAGAGGGUCUUCAUCCAGAUGCCAAAUAUGCAAAGGUGAAGCUCAUCCGACUGGUUGGGAUUAUGCUGCUGUUAUAUGUCAAACAGGAGCAUGCAGCAUAUAUCUCAGAAGUGGAAGCUGAGACUGUGGGGACAGGAAUCAUGGGCAGGAUGGGCAACAAGGGAGGCGUGGCGAUCAGGUUCCAGUUCCACAACACCAGCAUCUGUGUUGUGAAUUCUCACUUGGCAGCACACACUGAAGAGAAUGCAAGGAGGAACCAGGACUAUAAGGACAUUUGUUCUCGAAUGCAGUUUUAUCAGCUUGACCCAAGCCUUCCCCCUCUCACCAUCAGCAAGCACGAUGUGAUCUUGUGGCUGGGGGACCUCAACUACAGGAUAGAAAACAUGGAUGUGGAAAAAGUGAAAAAGCUCAUUGAAGAGAAGGACUUUCAAACCCUGUAUGAAUAUGAUCAGCUGAAAAUUCAGGUGGACAAAAAGACUGUCUUUGAAGGCUUCACAGAGGGUGAGCUGACAUUCCAGCCUACUUACAAAUACGAUACGGGCUCUGACGACUGGGAUACCAGUGAGAAGUGCCGUGCUCCUGCCUGGUGUGACCGGAUCCUCUGGAAGGGGAAGAACAUCACUCAGCUGAGUUACCAGAGCCACAUGGCCCUGAAGACCAGUGACCACAAGCCUGUCCACUCACUGUUUGACAUCGGGGUGAGGGUCAUAAAUGAUGAGCUUUACCGGAAGACUCUGGAGGAAAUUGUUCGCUCCCUGGAUAAGAUGGAAAAUGCCAACAUUCCUUCUGUGUCCCUGUCCAAGCGAGAGUUCUGUUUUCAGAAUGUCAAGUACAUGCAAUUGCAAGUAGAAUCCUUUACAAUUCAUAAUGGACAAGUACCCUGUCAUUUUGAAUUCAUCAACAAGCCUGAUGAAGAGUCUUACUGUAAGCAGUGGCUAAAUGCCAACCCCAGCAGAGGCUUCCUCCUGCCAGAUUCUGACGUUGAGAUUGAAUUGGAGCUCUUCGUAAAUAAGACCACAGCUACAAAGCUCAACUCUGGUGAAGACAAAAUUGAGGACAUUCUGGUUUUGCACUUGGACAGGGGAAAGGAUUACUUUUUGCCUGUGUCUGGGAACUACCUGCCUAGCUGUUUCGGGUCUCCCAUUCAUACACUGUGUUACAUGAGAGAGCCAAUCCUAGACCUGCCACUUGAAACUAUUAGUGAGCUGACUUUGAUGCCAAUACAGACUGAAAGUAAUGGGAGCCAGCUGGAGAGACCCUUGGAAAUUCCCAAAGAGCUCUGGAUGAUGGUUGAUUACCUGUACCGAAAUGCUGUCCAGCAGGAAGAUCUGUUUCAGCAACCGGGCCUGAGGUCAGAAUUUGAACAUAUCAGGGACUACUUGGAUACUGGAAUGAUUGAUAACCUCUCUGCCAGCAAUCAUUCUGUAGCCGAAGCCCUGCUGCUUUUCCUGGAGAGCCUUCCAGAGCCUGUCAUCUGUUACAGCGCCUACCAUAACUGCUUGGAGUGUUCUGGCAACUACACAGCAAGCAAGCAGGUCAUUUCUACUCUCCCCACAUUCCACAACAAUGUCUUCAAAUACUUGAUGGCAUUUUUGCAAGAACUGCUGAAAAAUUCAGCAAAAAAUCAUUUGGAUGAGAAUAUUCUAGCUAGCAUAUUUGGCAGCUUAUUGCUCCGAAACCCAGCUGGUCACCAAAAGCUUGAUAUGAUGGAGAAGAAGAAGGCUCAAGAAUUUAUUCAUCAGUUCCUCUGCAACCCACUCUGAGCCUCUCUCUUCUAUUUUACUUGAGGCAGCCAAUUACCAGCCCCACUGUUUCAGCUCAAGAGCUGUCUUAAGAUAAUUAUGUGAGGCUACUUGGUAGCAAGAAUGGCAGCUGUUUCCUGAGCCUAGUGCCCUGACGAAGCCCACCAUUGGUUAGCACACUCAGUGCUGUAAGUCAUGAAGACAUAGGAGAAAAUCCACCAUAAUAAAACUGACGUUCAACUUUCAACUUCAGUUAUUUAACACAGAUUGAGUGCAAUUUUUUUUUUUUUUUUUUUUUUUUUGAGAAAGAGUUUCACUCUUGUUACCCAGGCUGGAGUGUAGUGGUGAAAUCUCAGCUCACUGCAACCUUCCCCACCUUAGUUCAAGCGAUUCUCCUGCGUCAGCUACCUGAGUAGCUAGGAUUACAGGCACUUGCCACCACGCCCGGCUAAUUUUUUGUAUUUUUAGUAGAGAUGGGGUUUCACCAUGUUGGCCAGGCUGGUCUCGAACACCUGGCCUCAGGUGAUUCACCCGCCACAGCCUCCCAAAGUGCUGGGAUUACACUCGUGAGCCACCACAUCAGGCUUUUUUUUUUUUUUUUUUUUAAUUUAAAACGUUUUAAAAUAACUACUUGUACUCACUCACCCUACCUCCGGGGCAUAGUUGGUGCCUUCCCUGUAGCCUGGGGUGAUAUCUUCAUGAUCAGAUAUUUGAAGGAACUUUGGAGUCCUGAAAGGACUAUGAGUUAGUCGACAAGAAUGCAGGCAGAAACUGCUGGAUAAAAUAGGCUACAGCCACCCCAGAUGCUUUCAGUGCUGGGUCUGAGGAUAUGUGUAUAUGCACAGGCAAACUCCACCUCCAUUUCUGCUCGGAUAAUGGCUCGGUAACUCUGACUGGCUGCUCAGCCUCUGAAGGCAAUACAGGUGUUUAAAAAAUUAAAAUAACCAGGCGCAGUGGCUCAAGCCUGUAAUCUCAGCACUUUGGGAGAUUGAGGUGGGAGGACUGCUAGAGACCAGGAGUUUGGGACCAGCCCGGGCAACACAAGGAGACCUCAUCUCUACAAAAAAUUUUUUAAAAAUUAGCCGGGCGUGGUGAUGCAUGCCUGUGGUCCCAUUUACUUGGGAAGCUGAUGUGGGUGGAUCACUUGAGCACAGGAGUUUGAGGCUGCAGUGAGCUACGAUCACAUCACUCUACUUCCAGCCUGGGUGACAGAGGGAGACUCCGUCUCUAAAAAUAAAAUGUAAAAUCACUGAAGAAAUGAGUGUUCGAUGAAACAAGUGGGAUUUUCUGGGCCAGCAAGUCUUCCAAACUGUAUAUGAUGCAUCCCCUCUCUCAUGUAAUAUAUUUUAAUGAUAAAUGUAUAUUUAACAGUG